GCUCGAUGUGCAUGUUAAACGGUUAAAAGUUGAAGAGUAGUUUGGGAAGCAGUUGUGACUCCAGCAGUGCGCAAUGCUCUCUCAUGCUGAACUCUUGGAUACUCGCCUCGGUGAGUUAUCGCCACCAAACUCCAGUCUUCAACUCCACUGGAUGAAGGAUGCUGCAGUCGAGAUUCUCGGGCACCGAGAAGCUUACAAGUGUAGACUUGGUGGGACUGACUCUGGACAUCCCGGCGAUCUUUCUUCUGGUACAGAGACUGUGGAGGGGACCACUCUGCUCCCCGGGGAAGACAUAAGUAAUGGUGGAUCCAAUUCUAAUGGAACGCAGCAGGUGAACGUCAAAGACCAAGAAAAGCAGCAACAGCAAAACUCUAAUCAGCCGGGCGGGCAAAACCAACAGAAACAGAAACGCCACAGGACCCGGUUUACUCCGGCGCAGCUGAACGAGUUAGAAAGGAGCUUUGCUAAAACACACUACCCUGAUAUCUUCAUGAGAGAGGAACUUGCAUUAAGGAUUGGUUUAACGGAGUCAAGAGUGCAGGUGUGGUUUCAGAAUCGACGUGCUAAAUGGAAGAAGCGCAAGAAGACCGCCAACGUUUUCCGGGCGCCGGGCACUUUGCUGCCAACGCACGGUUUGCCUCAGUUUUCGUCUGCGGCUGCUAUGGGCGAUAGUCUCUGCUCUUUUCAUGCCAACGACACACGUUGGGCAACCGCAGGGAUGCAUGGAGUCUCACAGCUGCAAAUACCGCCCGCACUGGGCCGACAGCAGGCGAUGGCACAGUCCCUGUCCCAGUGCAGUCUCGGAGCUGGUCCCCCUCCAAAUUCCAUGGGCCUUUCCAGCAGCUUGUCAUCAAACGGUUCUGGCCUUCAGUCGCAUCUGUAUCAACCCACGUUUCCAGGGAUGGUGCCCGCUUCCCUGUCGGGUCCAACGAAUGUGACCGGCUCACCUCAGCUGUGUAGCUCCCCGGACAGUGACAUGUGGAGAGGGACUAGUAUCGCAUCCCUGCGCCGUAAAGCACUUGAGCACACGGUUUCAAUGAGUUUCACCUAAUUUCAGCAUCCGAGAUAUCCUUUCUGUCACUGUAAACCCGAAGAAUUCCUGAAGAACA